GUUGCUCUAGUGGGCUGGGCCUGGAUACUCGGCGAUAAAAAUGGAGGAGCUGUUGAAGAGGGAACUGCAGAGCUCCACGGCCAAGGCCACUGGCCACUCCGGGGGCGGCUGCAUUAGCCAGGGCCAGAGUUACGACACCGACCGUGGCCGGGUAUUUGUAAAAGUGAAUCACAAAUCCGAGGCCAAAAAAAUGUUUGAAGGUGAAAUGGCAAGUUUAUUAGCUAUCCUAGAAACAAAUACUGUGAAAGUACCCAAACCCAUGAAAGUGAUUGAUGUGCCAGGAGGUGGGAAUCUACUAGUGAUGGAGCAUUUGGACAUGAGAUAUUUAAACAGUCAUGCUGCAAAGCUUGGAUCUCUGUUAGCUGAUCUACACCUUCAUAACAAGAAUCAUGGUGAAACUCUCCAGAAAGAAGAAAAAACCAUUGGGAAAGGAGGAGGGCAGGCAGAACUUCAGUUUGUGGACCAAUUUGGGUUUGAUGUGGUAACCUGCUGUGGAUAUCUCCCUCAGGUGAAUGACUGGCAGAAAGACUGGGUAACAUUCUAUACCAGGCACCGAAUUCAACCACAGAUAGACAUGGUAGAGAAGGAGUCUGGGGACAGAGAUGCAAGAGAACUUUGGUCUCAGCUACAAUUGAAAAUACCUGGCAUGUUCCAAGGCUUAGAAAUUGUACCUGCUUUACUCCAUGGAGAUCUUUGGGGAGGAAAUGUUGCAGAGGAUCAGUCUGGGCCAAUUAUUUUUGAUCCAGCUUCUUUUUAUGGCCACUCAGAGUUUGAGCUUGCCAUAGCUGGAAUGUUUGGGGGCUUUGGUAGCUCUUUUUACUCAGCUUACCACAGCAAAAUCCCUAAAGCUCCAGGGUUUGAGAAGCGACUUCAGCUUUAUCAACUUUUUCACUACUUAAAUCAUUGGAAUCAUUUUGGAUCAGGGUAUAGAGGAUCUUCCCUGAAUGUAAUGAGAAACCUCAUAAAAUGAAUGCUUUUUCUUUUUGUGUUCUGAUCUCAGCUCACUCUGGUGAUUCAAACAUAGUAUUAUUUCUCUAAGGAAGUAUGUAACAUUAUAGUCAACAUCUAGAGUCUAGGAUUUCUCUUGUACCUGCCCUCUCUUCCCUGAACACUAUCAUAUCCCCAAAGGUAUUGGGUUUUGUUUUUUGUUUUUAAUUUUUUUCCUGAAUUAGAGUAGCUCAAUAUUGAGCUUCUUAAUCCAGAACUCACAAACCCUUAUAGUAGCUUAUUUACAAGCCAUGAAACAUACCUCACAGCUUAGAGAAAAUUUUAUUUUAAAGUUGAAUUUUACUAAAUGUUAAAUAAAGGAAACUAGAUUAAGCUAUGCUACAAAAUAAAGAAACUGUGAAGAAAUGGAUGACAGCAUUUAGCCAUCAUGUUAUCAGAAUAAAAAAAGGAGAAGAUAGUAAUCAAGUUUAUUUGAAGUGUGAAUAAGAAAGUUAAUACAAAAUGCCCUUAUUUCUUUCUUGAUUACUUUAAACACAUUCCUUUUAGUUUUAUUUAAGUUUUAUUUAAGGAAUAAACCCUUCUUGAAAUGUGAAGGUUUUCUAUCCUUGGCUAGCUAUAUAGAAUAUAAGAAGUAGUCAGUUCUGCUUUUUGAUUGGUAUAGCCUACAUCUGGAAAUGAAAGCCAUUAAUUAGAAACUUUUCAACAUUCAGGAUCACUGAAUCUAAUAAAAAGAGGUAGAGCAGCCACUUAUGUUUUGUAAUAAUAGUGUUCUGUUUUUUCCCUCAGAAGAAUCUAGAAUCUACUGACCCAAGAACUAUUUUUCAAAUAUAAGAAAUCAAGUGUUUCUGGUUUGAUGGCAGAAAUAUAGGUUCAUUAAUUGAGGAGUAUAAAACAUUUGGUAGAUGGAAUUGUGUUUCUUAGGCUACUUACAGAUCUGAAAUGUUAUCAUAAUGGAAUUGCUGAGUUGGGUCUAGAUUUUACCAUGCACAAGGGGACUUCCAGAUUAUUUAGACACAUUUCUUUUUUUCUGUUGCUUCUUUUGCUGUGUGUCCUGUACAAUAACAUUAAAUGAACUUUUAUGUAAUUGUAGCUAAGUGGAGUAAUUUAUUUGCUUUUUAAAAAUUUACUCCAUCUAAUUCUACCAUUUUCCUAAGCUUGGUCAGUUAUCUUAUUUUCAUAGAAUAUUAAACCAAAUUGUGAACUUGCUUCCUUUACUAAGUAUUUCAACAAUAUGGUAAUUUUAAUGAAUGGUGUUGAUGCUUAUCACCCUUUUAACAUGGGAAUUUUGACAGGGCAAUUACUAUGCUGCUUGUCUUAUGAUUUGACUAAAUAACAGUUGUAAUGUUCUUGUAUAGCAAUAAAAUAGACAAAGCUUAUUUUUAAAAAUCAA